ACAAACUAUUAUGGCUUCUGCUGGAAUAGAUGCUGGAUUUUUAUGUACUGACAAAGUUACAGUUACACAUUGCGAAGAUGAAAUUGGAUUAUGGUGGGGAGCAGUUAUAUAUGUAGCAGCAUGUUGGAGAUUGAAAGAAGACGAUUCACAAGCAUGGAGCAUUGUUGAAAACAAAUUUCCUUAUGAAAAAUGUUAUCAACUUUGCAAUAAUAAUAAUAGUAUUAGUCCACUACCAUAUAUUGUUUUAAAUGCUUUGCAAGCAGCAAAAGCGACUACUAAAUCAGUCUCUAUGCGUUUUAUUGAUCAGGCAGGAAUAUUGCUUGAACAAUGUUUGGUUUAUUAUAAUUGCAAGCAACAGUCAUCCCAAAACGUUUUGGUAAGAUAUUUAAAUAUUAUGUUUAUAAUAUAUUAAUAUAUUCAAUUCUUUUAUACAAAAAUUAUUAU